CAGAUCGCCGCCCCUCACUCCUUUUGACUGGUUUUUUUUUUUUUUUUGCCGAUAAGAAGAUAAAAAAACUUAGAUCACGGACUAUACACGGCCGUCUUGCCGAUAAGCCUAAGCCGUUUUCUGUUGUGUCGAAAUUCCAUGGUACCUCUCCUCACCCCCCGCAACUUUCUAACCCCUUCACAGUUGGCCUCGCUGUUUCCCUGCCACACCCAUUUCUCUCGUUCCCGCCUUCCCCUUCGACGACAACAUGAUUCAAUUACUUGUAAUUCUGUCUCAAACAGUUCCAGUGCAUUCGACCAAUACAAGCAACAAGUGAAUCCUGCUUAUGGGCAGCCUCAGCCCAGAACAUUGUUCCCUGGAGGUUAUAAGAGGCCCGAAAUUAAAGUCCCUAGUCUGGUUCUCGAGUUGAACCCUGACGAGGUUUUGAGUGGUGGUGAUACCCUUGAUUUGAUCGACAAGGCGGUCUCGAAAUGGGUUGGGAUUGUGGUGCUCACUAGCAGUGAAACCAGUGGCGGAAGGCUUUACGAAGCUGCUUGCACGUUGAAGUCGGUGGUUCAGGACCGAGCCUAUUUGUUGGUUUCUGAGCGCGUUGAUAUUGCUGCCGCUGCUGGUGCUAGCGGUGUUCUGCUCUCUGAUCAAGGUCUUCCGACAGUCGUUGCGAGAAAUACAAUGUUGGAUUCCAAAUCUGAAUCAGUGGUUCUUCCUUUGGUAGCUAGAAUUGUGCAAACUGUAGAUGAUGCUGUAAAUGCAUCUAAAUCCGAAGGUGCUGAUUGUAUUAUGUAUGGAAGUGCGAAAUUGGAACAUGCCAAUCUGGAGGUUGAUUCAAUAUGCAAGAACGUGAAGAUACCUAUUUUCAUCAUGUGUUCUUCAUAUGGAAAAGAUAUUUCCAAUGCCGAUGCAUCAAACUUGUUCGCUUCAGGUGCAAGUGGUUUUGUUAUCAAUUUGGAAAGUUUUGGUUCAUGUGAUGAUGAAUCUCUGCACGCACUAUUUGACAGCGAGUAUUCAAAUGAUAAGAAAACAUUUGAUGGUCACGGUGGCAAAGUCAAUGAGCGUAAGUUGUCAGACAUUGAUGAUGACUUUCAGAGGGAAAAGGAGCUCUUAGCUGGAUUUAUCAAACUGAAAAACAGAGAAAAACAAUUGAUAGAAACAGAGAGGUCGAUAUUAAACGAAGCUGUGCAAGUUAUCCGCAAAGCUGCACCACUGAUGGAGGAGGUUUCACUUCUCAAUGAUGCAAUUUCUCAAAUUGAUGAGCCAUUUUUACUGGUUAUAGUGGGGGAAUUCAACUCUGGUAAAUCCACUGUCAUCAAUGCGCUUCUUGGGCAAAGAUAUCUUAAAGAAGGAGUUGUGCCAACAACCAAUGAAAUCAUGUUUUUAAGAUAUACUGACUUAGACUCAGAAGAACAACGUUGUGAAAGGCAUCCAGAUGGCCAAUAUAUAUGCUAUCUUCCUGCUCCAAUUCUUAAAGAAAUGAUCGUUGUUGAUACACCUGGAACUAAUGUGAUUCUCCAGAGACAACAACGUCUAACGGAAGAAUUUGUGCCCCGUGCAGAUUUGCUUGUGUUCGUUAUUUCUGCUGAUCGUCCUUUAACUGGAAGUGAGGUUUCUUUUCUUCGAUAUUCUCAGCAGUGGAAAAAGAAAGUUGUCUUUGUUUUGAAUAAAUCUGACAUAUAUCAGAGUACUCAUGAGCUUGAGGAGGCGGUGUUGUUCAUCAAGGACAAUGUGAGGAAAUUGCUGAAUAUUGAAGAUGUGAUAUUGUAUCCUGUGUCUGCGCGAUCUGCACUUGAAACGAAACUUAUGGCUACCUCGGAUGUUGGAAAGCAUAAUGGAGAACUAUUGGUCUCUAAUAGUGAUUCUUAUCAUAGAACCAGGGGCUUUGAUGAAUUUGAAAAGUUCUUGUACAGCUUCUUGGAUGGUUCAACAAUACCAGGGAUGGAGAGAAUGAAGCUGAAACUUGAAACUCCGGUUGCAAUUGCAGAUAGACUAAUUUCAGCUUGUAACACUCUUGUGACACAAGACUAUAGAUAUGCCAAGCAGGAUUUGACUGCAGUGAAUGAUGUUAUCAAUAGUAUAGAUGACUUUGCUCUGAGGAUGGAAAGUGAGAGCAUCUCUUGGAGAAGACAAAUUUCAUCAUUGAUUGAGACGACAAAGUCAAAUAUUGUGGAGCUUGUUGAAGAUUCUCUGCGAUUAUCCAACGUUGACAUUGUGGCUUCAUAUGUAUUCAAAGGUAAAAAUUAUGCCAUGCCUGCUACCUCAAGAAUUCAGAAUGACAUGAUUGUUCCUGCUGUGGCGGCUGCCCAGAAAAUACUGGGAGAAUAUGAAGAUUGGUUAGAAUCCAAAAAUACUGAUCAAGGAAGACUCUACAGGCAAACUUUUCAAAAACAAUGGCCAUCAUUGAUAAAUGCAGAGAGUCAGGUGGAUUUUGAGACCUAUGAGUUGUUAAGGAAAGUGGACCACACCGGAAGUCAAGUAAUUGAAAAGUUCAGCAGCAGUGCUGCUUCCAAGUCAUUUGAGCAGGAAGUACGUGAGAUGUUCUUAGGUGCUUUUGGUGGACUGGGUGUUGCUGGCUUAUCCGCUUCACUUCUGACAUCUGUGCUGCCAACCACUUUGGAGGAUCUUCUUGCUCUUGGCCUUUGUUCUGCUGGCGGGUAUCUAGCUAUUUCAAAUUUCCCAGCUCGUAGACAGAGUGUGAUUGAUAAAGUGAAAAGGAAAGCAGAUACGGUGGCCCUUGAACUUGAAGAGGCCAUGAAGAAGGAUCUCGUUGAAGCUACAAGGAAUUUGGAUGCUUUUGUUAAAACCCUUGGCAAACCUUACCAGGAUCACGCACAGAACAGACUUGACAGGCUGUUAGAGAUUCAAGAGGAAUUGUCAAAUGUCGAUAAGAAAAUUAGAACGCUACAGAUUGAAAUUCAAAAUCUUCACGUGUCAUGAACUCCUUUUUUGAAUUGUAUAUAACACUGCAGUUGAGUGAGUAGGCAAGAGGAAUUCGUCCCUUUUUUUCCUUCUUCUGUAUUACUGGCAAUGCCAGUGGAAAAUUUUUUGUCGUUCACGAAUUCCAAUACUAUCUCACUAGAUUUUUUAUACUCCGUCGGUAGCAACUGAGCGGAAUAGAUUAUAGAUGUUGGUAAAAACAUGUCAUGUUUGCUCUGAUUUCCCAUCAAGUCAUACAGAGCAAAGCUUAGUGAGCAGGCCGACUAAGUCCUUUUUUGUAUCAUUAAUAACGUAAAGCAUUAGUGAUUCGUAUUUCAGACAUA